AUGUCGACCGCCGAGCAAGAUCCUACUGCGCAGGCGCCUACCAAUGGCGAUGCUGUGCCCGCUACCAACGUACAGACAACGACCGAAUCGGCCCCUGUGAACACCCAGAAGGAUUCUACUAUAGCCUCGAAGUCAAUUGAGCUGGAGCUCCCUACAUCUGCCGCAGAUGGUCUUAUUCAGAAGCCAUUCGCUAGGCCCCUGGACACCGCCAAGCCGGCAGCACCUAUCCCGCUCACUGCGGACCAACAAUCCAAAUAUGAGGCUGUUUACAAGACUGUUUCAUCAUGGACCACAAUUCCCGACAAGGCUGAGAAGAAUGCCUCAACUUCUCCCAUCACCGAUGAUGAAAAGAUGUGGUUGACCCGAGAGUGUCUCCUACGCUACCUACGCGCCACCAAGUGGAACGUGUCCGAGGCCGAAACUCGGCUCCAGAGCACUCUUACAUGGCGUCGUGAGAUUGACCUGAAGAAAAUGACACCUGAAUAUAUAUCAAUCGAAAAUGAAACAGGCAAGCAGGUCCUUUUGGGUUACGAUAUCCAUGGACGGCCAUGUCUGUACCUCUUGCCCUCCAACCAGAACACAGAGAGGAGUGACCGCCAGCUCGAGCAUCUGAUUUUCAUGCUGGAGCGUUCCAUUGAUCUUAUGUGUCCUGGUCAGGAGACAGUGGCCCUUUUGGUCAAUUUCAAAGAGACAAAGUCUGGCCAGAAUGCAAGCCUGGGUCAGGCUAAGCAGACACUUGGCUUCCUGCAGAACCACUACCCCGAGCGACUUGGUCGGGCUCUAGUGAUAAAUGUGCCCUUUGUCAUCUGGGGAUUCUUCAAAUUGAUCACACCUUUCAUUGACCCAAAUACUCGUGAAAAGCUCAAGUUUAACGAGGAUCUGCGUCAACACGUUCCGCCGAGCCAUCUCAUGAAGUCUGUGGGUGGCGAUGUCGAAUUCCGCUACGACCAUGCAACCUACUGGCCUGCUUUGAACACCCUGGCCGAUCAGCGCCGCGAUGCUUACCGUGAACGCUGGGUUCAGGGUGGCAAGCUGGUUGGCGAGUUCGAGAACUACCUGCGGGGCGAGAACAUCCCCAGUCUCUCUCAGACUCAGGUUGAGGCUAAGGCCAGCGAAUAA